GCUGGGAGGCAGCCGAGCAGGAGGGAGGUUGGCGCUGUUCGCUCGUUGCGCGUCCCAAAAAAAAAAAGUGACAGGAGCCGCGCUCGCCCCGGUUCCCGCUAUUGAAAGAGAGAGCCUUGGGAAGUGCGGAGAGGCGUUGCACUUUUUGCAAUCGCUUGGAAAGUUUUUGCAAUCUCCCAAUCCUAACCAUGGUGGUCUUCAAGCGGAUCAAAGUGUUCCGGGUGGCCUUCGAGGAGAACGAGCGGGUGUAUUCCAGCGGCGAGAAGGUGGCCGGCCGCGUGGAGGUGGAGGUGGCCGAGGUCACGCGGGUCUCGGCCGUGCGCUUCCUGGCCUGCGGGGUGGCCCGCGUGCUGUGGAUCCGGGGCCCCCACCAGUGCAAGCAGGAGAUGGAGUACCUGCGCCACGAAUCGGUGCUGCAGAUGGAGGACCAGCCCGCCGAUAAAGAUGGUUCUGUCUUACUCAGACCGGGAAACACAUACCGAUACAAGUUUGAAUUUGAACUGCCCCAAGGACCCCUUGGCACCACCUUUAAGGGCAAGUACGGCUGUGUGGAUUACUGGGUCAAAGCUUUCUUGGAUCGCCCGUCCUUCCCAACUCAAGAGGUGAAGAAGCGCUUUGAAGUCAUGGAUCAAAUUGACGUCAACACUCCAGAUCUGAUGUCUCCUGUCUCUGCCACAAAGGAGAAGAAAGUUUCCUGUAUGUUCAUCCCAGAUGGGCAUGUGUCGCUUAGUGCAAGGAUCGACCGCAAAGGCUUCUGUGAAGGGGAUGACAUCUGCAUCAAUGCUGACUUUGAGAACACCUGCUCUCGGAUCGUGGUGCCCAAGGCGGCCAUCGUGGCCAAGCACACCUACCUGGCCAACGGGCAGACCAAGGUCUUCUCCCAGAAACUCUCCUGCGUCCGAGGCAACCACAUUACCUCCGGCAUGUCCGAGUCGUGGCGUGGAAAGACACUCCGGGUCAAGAAGAUCAAGCCAUCCAUUCUGGGCUGCAACAUCCUGCGCGUAGAGUAUUUCCUCCAGAUCUACGUCAGCGUCCCCGGUUCUAAGAAGAUCAUUCUUGAGUUGCCGCUGGUCAUCGGCAACAAGUCCAGCUUCGGCAGUCGCAAUUCCAGCAUGGCCAGCCAGACCAGCUCCGAGAUGAGUUGGGUGGACCUCAACAUCCCUGAUGCUCCAGAAGCACCUCCAUGCUACCUGGACAUCAUUCAUGAAGACCAUCGGAUCGAAAGCCCGACCACUCCCCUCCUGGAUGAGCUGGACAAUUCCUUUGACAGCCCCAUCUUCAUGUACGCGCCCGAGUUCAAAUUUAUGCCGCCGCCAACCUACACAGAGGUUGAUCCUUGUGCUGUCAAUAGCGACAGCAUCCAGUGAGCACUGCAGAAAAGCCCAGCUGUGAUUUUUAAUCCAGCUUUUUCUGGACUUUCACAAAAUUGCCUUCGUAGCCAUUCUGCCCAUAGCAGAAAAGGGACAGGAAACCACCAGGUGUCAAGUGACCUCUUGGGAAACAGUCAGCAAGGAGCGAAACAGCCUUCCUAGUGCUGCACAUGUUCCAGAUGACACAAACAAAGGCACCUAUGGGUUUGGGGGUUCCUAUCCUCUUUUGCCCUUUGCAAAAGCGUGUCCCCUGCGAACUGACCCGGUGUUAAUGAGAUUGUAGGGAAAGAGGCAAGUUUUUUGGAAGAAAAAUCCUGUGUCCCAUCUUUCCCUCCUUGACAAGGAAAGGGGAGGGUAGGACUUCACUGCUACUGAGACACAAAAAUGCACACCUCUUGCUCUUUCUGUAGGUGUGACAUUCUGUAGUUUAGAACAAAAAGGGAUUUGGCCCUUCGCGAUUUGGGUGCAGAAGGGAAUUGGCUGGAGGUUUUGAUAGACGUUUUUUGUAGCCGCUGGUAUUGGUGGUGGUUGAAUGGAGCUGGUUUUCACUCUUUGAACCCCACCAUCUUAACCAGGGCAGCCUUGGGAGGAGCGUGGAGGGGAAGGGGGCUAUAGGAAAAAAGGGAUCUGAGAUUAGCAGAGGUGGUGAGGAGGGGCUGUUCCUCACCAGCCUCCAGGGGAAGAGGAGGAGAGGUGAGAAGCAAGGAAGAGAAGUGGAAACAUUGCAUAGCAAUAAAACUUGCAGCAUCCAAAGAGCCUAAAUAAGGAAAAAGAUUCUUUUCCUGUAAAGCUUAUUGAACAAUGCAAGAUAGCAACUUGGGGUCCUCAAGUUGGUUACAGUUUUUUUUUAUAGCACUUAAAUCCUGUAUUUUUCCCCCUUUUGUCUAAAUCUGUUAAGCAAGCAAACCAACCUGUUUUUUGUUUUGUUUUUGUUUUUUGUAAAGGAGAAAUUGCUGUUUUGCCUAGGAUCUUUGAGGGGCGUUCACGUUCAGAAAUGUGGGGUAGAUUGGUUGGAGGGUUUGAGUUGGGGGGGUUCAGCACACACACACCCCUUGAACCUCCCAGGGGCCCUCAGAAGAUCAAAACGUGUUUUUUGCCAAACGGUGCCAAAAGAUCUGCAUUUAAAAUGAUUGUAUCUGUAGCAAGAGCUUUAAUAUUUCAAGAAGCCAUAUGGAGAAGCAUUUGUUUGUGGUUAGUUAAGCCAUCCUGUGUCCGUCCAACUUGUUUACCUCCAACACCUUGUGUUUUUGCCCCCCCCCCACCACCACAGCAGAAAAAUGCACUUGAAAUGACUCUGCACUGCAUAGCCGAAGUGUUAAUUCAUCCCAGAUUUUGUUGCCACAAAUACCUUUGUGUGUCACAAAUGGGUGUACUGAUUUUUUUUUUCUUAACUGUUUUUGUUUCACUGUUCUGCUUGUUUUGUAUUAUUUGCAACUUUAAUUAUAUUUUGUACUGUUGGACUAUGGGUAUAAACCUUUUUCCUAAUAAAUUAUCGAAACAUGAAAA